AUAGUCUAUAAAGCCAUCUUAUGCCACAGUUAGAGAUAACUGCUCAUUAAAAUGAAAAAAAGUGUUUCACUUGUCAUAUCUGGGUUAAUGAUAUGUAAACCCAUUUACAGAGGUUACAGCAGACUGGCUGAACUUAAAUAGUCUCUUUCUGUGUAAAAUGGAGAAAAAAUAUAUUAGAUGGCAAAUCUCAGUUUCAGUGUCAACAAAUUCUUAGGGAAGUUUGAAAUCCUUGAGAAGACAAAAUGAUUUCCACCCAAAGUAGAAUAAAAUUUAGUUUAUCAAAACAGAAACCACCAGGUGAUCAUGAACCAGGAAGUGUCUGCUUGUUGCUUAUCCUGGAGAGAAAGCUAAGCAGCACUUAGGUCCAUUUUCAUGGAAAGGUUUGUUUGCCUUAGAGAGCCAUUAGUGAAAUGCUCCCUCGGUUAAUCGAUGGAUUUUCUAUUUUCUGAUCUCCUGGUUUGAAGGCGCAGCCAUCUGUUGCAGUGAUAUUACCAGACAGAGAGAGGCUGAAGAUUGAUUCGCGAAGCAGUUGCAGCCAUGGGUGCUGAAGGCUUGGUUCCGUCCUUGCUGUGCACGUUCGGGAGCUGGUACAACAGCUCUGGCCAAGCCCAGAGACACCACCAGAUGGCCAGCCGGUCCAACUCCUCCCAGAGCGUGAUGGAGCUAUUCGCCCGUGAGUGGCGAGUCUUUCUCCCGCCGCGGCAGCAGACGGGUGCCCUGCAGGUGUGCCCGGUGCUGGGCUUCCUGGCGGUCGUCCUGGUCGUCCCGCCCAUCCUGACCAAGGUCUUCUCCAGCCCCCUCCUACGGCAGGAGACUCGCUACCUGCUGCUGGGCAACACCUUGCUUAGCGACCUGCUCUUCAUGUUCAUCUACCUGCUGUCCACCUGCUUCAACGCAGCCGGGGUGGCCACGUCCGAGUGGUCCUGCGCCACCCUGCUGUUCCUGCUGGGCAUCUUCUACAGCGCCGGGCUCCUGAGCGCCAUGGCCAUGGUGCUGGACACCUCGCUGGCUGUGCUAGCACCCCUGCGCUACCUGGCUCUCUGGCCCGUCUCCAGGACCAGGUGGGCCAUCGCGGCGGUCUGGGCGGCGUCCGUCGUCUUCCCCGCCGGCACGGUGGCGGGCUUCCUGUGGCACCACUCGGCUGACCCCUGCGCCUCGCAGGUCUGCUCUCUGCCCGUGCUCCUGGCGCUGACCGUGGGCUACUCGGUGCCCAUGAGGGCGUCCAUGCUGCUCACCGUGGCCGGCGUCCUGCUGGUGCUGCUCCUGGUCCUCUUCGGGUACGUGUUCCUCUGCUGCAGGACCAGGAGGUCUGGGGUGUGGAGAGGAGAGCGGGCUUCUCGAGCCAGGGGAACCUUCUUCAUACACUAUUUCCACUUGCUGCUGUCCAUCUGCCCCAUGCUGGUGCUGGCGGUGGAGCUGCUGCUCUACGCCCGCCCCAGCCGCUCCGUGGAGCUGAGGGCCCACCUGCUGGCCUCCCUGGUGCUCUGCAACGUGCUGCUGGUCCUGCCCAAAGCCCUAGCCCCUUACCUGUACGGCCUGAGGUACCGGGACCUGGACCUCUGCCGGACACUGCUGACCUUCUACAGGCUAAAACGGCCAGCGACAGUCACACCGCUUACCAAGAGCUGAAGCCAAGAUGGUCUGUCUUCUCCUCCUUCUCCUUGGUCUGUGUUAAAAGUCUUCAGGUAAAGAUCAUUCACAGGCUCUGUUGCUCAAGAUGACUCAUGAGGAGGGACACAUUUUGAUUCCCUCAAAUCAGUCACGACACAGCAUAUGCACAUAUUGAUCAAGUGAUUCACAGAAGGAAAAAGUAAAGGCCUCACCGCAGGUGCAUAUUCAUAAGUACCGGUCUUUCUUGGAAUACAGGCUUGAAAAUGCUGCAAUGGAACAUUCCAUCAUUGUAGAGUCUAGAGUGAUGCCAAGCUAUCCAGUCUUGCCUCUGGGUGAUGUGCAGUUUUUUUUUUUUUUUAGCACAGCAAGUGAGUGAGAUACAUGGGCCAUCAAGUUUGACUUCUGGAUACUAGGAGGAUGCAUGUUUGAAUCCAUGGGAUUCUUGAGAAAAAGAUAAUAUUUAUAAUGGCCUUCUCCAGAAAACUGUACAAAGCGCCGCACAAACAGGCCAUAUCUAAAUGAAAAUACAAUAAAACAACUGAGAUAACCAAAACAACAUCAAGGUUAAUAGAUCAAUAGAAGGAGAGGCGAGUAAACAGGUAUGUCACACAAUUAAAAGCAGACCUUAUAAAAGUGAGCUUUCAAAAGACGUUUUUGAAAAAGACAUGGACUCGGGUGCUCAGAUUUCGUUGGCCAGACUGAUUCAAGGUCAUGGAGCCGCAACGCCCUUAGAUGUCAGCUUUGACUCAAAAAGCUAGGAAGUUUUUGUAAGGUAAUCCAAGCAGCCCUUCGCUGGAGUAAAGAGUGAAAAGAUCACAGAUAAACAGGGAACAGUCCACAUCUUGCUCUAAAAGUAAUCAAUAAAAUCUAAAUCAAUUCUAAAAGAUACAGAAAGCAAGUGUAGCGUCGUGAUUAUUGAGGUGAUGUGACAUCUCUUUUCUUUUUUGACUGCGGAAACCAGAGUAUAAUGAAUUACAGUAGUCCCAACUAGAGACGAUGAAAACGUGUAUAACCUUUCAGUAUGAAGGUAGGAAAUGUGAGAUAUGUAGGUCACCCUGUAUAAAGCUACUCGCUAAAUGAAUCAUGCUUUGAUUCAACAGAAUUGCAGUAGGGCAUCCAGAUACUGGAUAGGUAUUAUUAAGUAUUAAUACUAAGAUUUAAAAAAAGGGAUUCAAAUGGACUUUCAAUAACUGUUAAUAGCCAAAAUAUGGUGUGAGAUGAUGUGAUGAGAUAUAUUUAUUAUCCUUAACUGAAAAAUGUAUACUUCCUCCAAACUUUUUAAAAUUCUCGACCACUUUAUGUACCAUCCGAGACAUACCACCAUCUUAAUUAUAAAUUAAAAAACAAAACUAUUAGAUUUGUUUAUUUCAAUUUGCAAUGAAUACAUGAAUGACAAAUUCCAACCUAAAUGAAAUUGCAGAAAUGUCCACUAGAGAGAGCUGAUGUUACCAAUCAGAUCAGACAUUUGCCUCUGUACUUUUCCAUGGCAAUGGCUUCCUUUUCAGCUUAUACCUUCUGAUGCUAAACUCAACCUGCAGCUGAACCAGAACUCCUUCAACUGAAGCCAGGUGUUAUUGUCAAUUGAGAUGAUACAUUUCCAGUUUUGCCCAUCAUAAAACAUACUUGCAAUUAUUUUUUUAAUUCCUGAAUGCUAUCCUUUGAUAAUGAACUACGAAUCUCAGAAUUUCAUAUGAAUUAUUUAUUAUAUUUUUCUGACUAGUCGCUUUAAAAUGAAGAUUCAUAAUAACAUUAUGGUCUUAAUGACAAAUUACAGCUGAAGCAAGGCUGUCUGAAUGGAGUGAAUGGAGGGCAGACUUAUAAAAAAGCACACCGGUAGCAAAUAUACAUGCCACUGCUAAGAACAAGUAUUCAACUGUCUGAGUAGUCCUACAAUUAAAGCAGUGAUACAACUGCUAAAAUCCAUUAUCUGUCUACUCCAACUUCAAAGCAUUCAGUAUAGUGUGAUGUAGUGCUCUCAGGUCAAUGGUCAUUAUGACCAUGAAGGUAAUACCAGGCAAACAUUUUUCUUUUUGGACCAUUUGACAUGGAAAUUAUAAGGUAAUAUAAUUUUACAGUUGUUCGCCUAGCUAUGUUAUUCUUCUCAAGGAUAACUAUUAAACACUUUAUAUAUGUUAAAUUUAUCACAGCUGUAUGUCUUAGCUCUUUUUCAGCUUGCUACAUAUUGACAGUUUGAUGACUGUAUUCAAUGUGUUUCAUCACUAUUAGCUUAUACAUGCCUCUGGAUAAGACUGAAUAAACGUAGAGAUGAAUUUAA